UCACAGCGUUUGGGCGUGUUUCUCUGUUGUAUCUGAAUAUAUGCGGGCUCCAAUCAAUUCAUAAAUAAUAAUAAUAAUAAUAAUAACUCAACGACAACCCGAAGCCGUAACAGUUCUGCCCUCAAUCAAGUAUAUUGAUUGUACCGAAAAAUUAUCGCGAUAAACUAAACUCCAAUUGCAAUAUUCGCAUCGCUCCAACUGUGUGUGUGUACGUUGUGUGGGCAGCAUUUGUAUUAGUGCGUGAGCAAAAUUAUUGUAUAAUCGCCAAAAAGAAGAAAAAAAAUCGACCUAAACAGAAAUAAUAAAAGCAAAAACGCCAACGCCAACGCGAGAAUAAAAAGCAACAAAAUCCGAAAAACUUGUUGAGCUAGUGAAUUUAGUUGAAAAACGCCACUGAAAACAUCGACAACAAGGGAAGCUAUCGCGCAUUGCUGGAAAACUUGUUGAGCUGUCUGAAAACUACGGAACCACUCUGUAUUCAGUGAUACUGGAAUGCCAAACUGAUAGAUUACAGCAAAGUGAACUAUAAAGUGUGAAGAACAGGCCACUGGAAGCCCUGCUAAAAAUCCAUCUGUUGUCACCGCUGAAUUCCCUGAUUACCAGCAAACUACCUAUAUCGUCAUGCAGGCCAUCAAGUGCGUGGUUGUGGGCGACGGAGCGGUGGGUAAGACCUGCCUGCUGAUCAGCUAUACGACCAACGCCUUUCCGGGGGAAUAUAUUCCCACUGUCUUCGAUAACUACUCCGCCAAUGUGAUGGUGGAUGCCAAACCCAUCAAUCUGGGACUCUGGGAUACGGCCGGACAGGAGGAUUACGAUCGCCUGAGGCCACUCUCGUAUCCCCAAACGGAUGUCUUCCUCAUCUGCUUCUCGCUGGUGAAUCCCGCCUCCUUUGAGAACGUGCGGGCCAAGUGGUUCCCCGAGGUGCGUCACCAUUGCCCCAGUGUCCCGAUCAUCCUCGUUGGCACCAAGUUGGAUCUGCGCGACGACAAGCAGACCAUUGAGAAGCUGAAGGAGAAGAAGCUCACACCGAUCACGUAUCCGCAAGGACUCGCGAUGGCCAAGGAAAUUGCAGCAGUCAAGUACUUGGAAUGCUCGGCGCUAACGCAAAAGGGCCUGAAGACGGUCUUCGAUGAGGCCAUCCGGUCGGUGCUGUGUCCGGUGAUCCGCACCCGUCCGCGCCACAAGUGCGAGCUGCUCUAAGAUUUGACCCCACCAACAAAAAAAAAAAAAAGAAA